AUUAAGCUAUUAUUUUUCCUAUAAAUAUAGUAACUUACACUUGCACCUAACUACCUGAGUAAAGAGCACUGGAAAUCUGUAAUCAUAAUGUCGUUUUCUGGAUGUUUACUUUGUCUAAAUGUUAUUUUGUUUCAUUGUCGAGUGGCCAUUGGAGAAAGGACAAAACUACCACGUUACGCAUUUGAUCCAAAUUUUAAACCGGCGAUCGUUGGAUCUUAUAGCUACGAUAUGGUGCUAGGAAAAUUUAUAUUGCCUGACAGAAAUAGCUCGACAACUGAUAUUAAUUUAACUGAUAUCAUUUUUAGUCAACCAUCAAGCACUUCUAGUCCCGACGAUAUCUACAGAAAAUACGUGGGAAUAACUGAAUCAAAACCAUUCAACUUGUUACGCUCUCAGUUAUCAAGAAAUUCAUCAAAUCUUUAAUUUAAAUUGUCAUAGUUGUAGGUAUAUUGAAAUGAUACUACAAAUAUAAUGAUAUUAACAAUAAAUUACUUACUUUUAUUUGA